AUGACGCUAGCGGGCUAGUUGAACACACAACACAACCUACACCCCAGCACUGGUAGUUUGGUGGAGGUAGCGAUGAGGACCUGUCGCGGCUUGUUGCUCGUCUUCCUUGCUGGCCCGUACUUGGCGUGCCUGGCGGACGAAGGGGCAUCGAUCCCACCAGCGACGGCAGCAACAGCAGCGGCAGCAGACGCUGCCGAGGAUGAGGUGUUCUCCAAGCUAGCGGAGGCGGAACAGGCGGCGAACGCCGCUGCGGCCGCUGCCCAGAGGGCAGCAGCCAGCCUAGAGGAUAUGGAGAACCGUGCGCAGGAGGAGGAGGGGCAGGAGGAGAAUGAGGGCUCGGAAGAACGAGUAGAUUCAAGUGAUGAUCAUGUAGAUGGCGGUGGGGCAGCAGCCGAGCACGACAAGGCUGCGCUUGAGGCAGCAGACGCAGCGGCGGCAGCAGCAGCAGCAGCAGCAGCAGCAGCAGACGCAGCAGCAGCAGUAGCAGAAGACACUGCAGCUUCCACAGCAGAGGGAAUCGUCGACGAAGACGACGACUUGGUGGAUUCGGCAGCGGCGGCAGCAGAGAGGGUACUUGGGGAUGAAGACGGCGGCGGCGGCGGGGGCUUUGACGCGGAGAAGUGGAAACGUGCGGCUGGACAGCAAUGGGAGAAGGUGACGGGACGAGUGGACGGGUUCAUCGACGGCUGGCGGAGGGACGGGGACGGUAACCCCUUCAAGGGAGCUCUGGGCAGCUACGACGCGCUGCUGGAGGAGCACUACCUCAAGAUGUCUUUCGGGCAGGCGACUGCGCUCGGGGUGGUAGGGGACACGGUGGCCCAGCGGCUGGAGAGGUGGCGGAACCCGGGGCAGCGAUACGAGUUUUUGCGCACGGUGCAUGCCGGCAUCCUCAACAUGAUCAUAGACGGAAUUUUUACCCCGCACUGGUAUAACUUGGUGGACUACGUCAACGACGAGAUGACGUUGGGGCUAGCAUUCGCCAAGGCCGUUGCGUCCAGCGUGUUCUACAGCCCUUUCGCCAACGGGCUGUUCCUUGCUGGCGCGCGAGUGCUGCGCUACGGGUUCAAGACCCGAUUUGGCUGGGCGGUGUGGAGGCGGCAGCUGACGGUGUGCACGAUCCGAGACUUCGAGAUGUGGCCUCCGUUGCACGUCCUCAACUUCUGGUUGGUGCCCAAGCACUGGCGGCCCCUCGCCGGUCACCUAGCCGGAGUGGUCCUCCUGGCCGUAAUCUCGUGCACCGGUCUCACCGACGCCGGGCUGCCCCUGGGCCAGCGUGCCGUGCCCCUCAUGAUGAGAUGGGCGAGAGCCGUCGGGGGGCGGCUCAGCGGCAAGGGGCGGCGGGCCUCGGGCGCACCGCCGGCGAAGCAAUAAUAAUCGCCUACCUUGUUUGUUGUGUUUUUGUGAGUUAAAGCGAUUGGCUCUUCCCGUAGAUGGAGUCGUUCGUGAGGCUGAGCAGCCGAGGCGUUUUGCGUUACGCCCUUGUCAAAGUCUAAACGUCUCCACACUUCUGUCUCUGAAAAGUGGGUGCCCCCUGACAGAGGGAUGGGAGGGGAAGACGAAAGCUUUGAGCCUUUGUGUCUACCGUAGCGGGCGUGAUGUCCAUGUAACGAGGCGGUGGUUACGACGGAACGGUUUCGACGAUGCGGUCUAGGGUGGGGUGAGUGGGGUGGAGGGGCUAGCGCGUUUGUUUACAGCAGAAGCAGCCGGAUUGGGACCCGAAUUUCUUGUUCAACUUGACUGAAAGACCAAACACAUGACCGAGUGUUUUUCGGAAAAAUGCUGAGAUUUUUCGCCCUCCCUCAAAGCGGGAAUAGGUAAGAGCGCGCGAUGUGUGCCAGGGCCAUGUUCCAUGUUUACAAUGUCCUUCUUGGUUCGGUGCUUCUCUUUCUGCUGUUCGGGGAUGUUUUGUCCGGUAUGCAACUGGUAAAGUCAGCCGGAGAAGGAGACAAUGCCGAGCGGGAUUGGGAUUGGGUCGAUGUCCUUGCUCGUGGUGUACUUGAGGCAAACGGCUUUGGUCUGGUUUGUAGUCCUCUUGCCGUGCGGUAUGGUAGAGGUUUGCCAUUGUGUUCAUCGCAUGCAUGCAUGCGUGCGUGUGUUGGUUUGUGUUUUCUUUUUGCCACCGGAUGACCGAUCGUGCCCGAAAAGUCGGCUGGGUUAACUUCGUGGGUAUUUUGAUUCCAUUCGUUAUUUUUUUGUUGGAGGCGCCGGGAAGGGAUCGUUUUGGUUUUGUCAGUCGCACACCACAAUCCGGGUGGCCGCUCAUGCAAGGUUGUAGUGGUGCACGUUUUGUUCUUUGUCAGGCGAACGUAGAGUAGCGCAGAAUUUUUUCCGGCGUUGGGUUUGCGGGUGCAGGUUCGUCGAGAACUUGUUUUUCAAUCAGGGGAAUCGGGCGGCCGUGUAAACAGCAGUUGGUUUAACAAUGAGGGGUAACGUUGGGUCUGGUUUUCCCGCAGCAACCAACUUUAUGUCGAUAGUGUAACUCGUACCUAAGGUAGGCCCUUGCGUAAGCAUGUGUGCACCUGUCUUUUACUCUUAAUUCUGAUUUGACUCCUACGCCUGCUUCAUGCCAAGGAUCAAGAUUAUUUCGAACUGAACGUGCAAAGGCGAAACGCCCGUUCGAAUUAUCUCGGGGAUAGUGCGCAAGGUCGUUAAGGUCCCUUGAAUGGGAGGAGACAAGGAAGGUGACCCACCCCCUGCCCGCUUGGCUGCGUGCGCUUGACUCCAGCGAUAUGUGUCGGUCAUGGUGUGCUCUUUGAAUUUCCACGCGAUUGUUUCUCACCCUUCCUUGCCAUUUAGAUUUUCGUCAGAUUAUUUCACUGCUCUCGGAGGGUACACAACACGGGGGUACAUUGCUUUGAUUCCUUUGACACGUUGCAUGGCGUCUACCGAAUUCUAGGAGCCUACGCAUGCGCCAUAGGUAUCUCUGUACACUCUCACAGCCUGUAUGCGCACCUGACAGUAAGAUAGAAGAAGCCACCGCGGGGUAAAUCCUCGGUUUGCAAUACAUGUGUAAGUUCCCACCGGCGAACGUAUGCCCGCCCUCAAUUCA